GACCAGCCCGGGGCGGCACAGCCCGAAGGCCCGCCGACCCGCCGACUGCGACGCGGAGUUCCCGUCGGGCCGCGCCGUCCUCGUCUCCGGGGCCCCGCGCCCCGCCGCCGCCGUCACCCCAAACUUUGCCCAGCGCCGCCCGGGCUCCGAGCCUCGGACGGGCCAGGUCUCUCUGUGUGUAGGCCAGGCGACCCUUGAACUUGGAAACAUUCUGCUUCAGCCUACCUAUUGCUGUGAUUACCUGUGUUCACCACUCCUUUAGCACAUCCUCUUCCCUGGACCUUACUGUUAAAGACCUUUCGACAUGAAUUAUACAGAGUCUAGCCUGCUGGCAGAAUCAACUGUGAUAGGCUUUACAUCUGAAAUAGAAAGCAUCACCCCUGUGCCUUCCAAUGAGACAACAUGUGAAAACUGGAGAGAAAUACAUCAUCUAGUUUUUCAUGUAGCCAAUAUUUGCUUUGCAGUUGGUUUGGUUAUCCCAACUACUCUUCACCUUCAUAUGAUACUUCUUAGAGGAAUGUUAACCAUAGGAUGUGCACUUUACAUCGUCUGGGCCACUCUCUACCGAUGUGCCUUGGAUAUAGUGAUCUGGAACUCGGUGUUCUUGGGGAUCAACAUUUUGCAUCUUUCUUAUCUUCUGUACAAGAAAAGACCGGUCAAGAUCGAAAGGGAACUCGGUGGCAUCUAUCGGCGAUUGUUUGAACCACUCCGGGUGCCUCCAGAGUUGUUCAGAAGAUUAACUGGACAGUUUUGUAUGAUCCAAACCUUGAAAAAGGGCCAGACGUAUGCUGCAGAGGAUAAAACCUCAGUUGAUGACCGUCUGAGUAUCCUGCUGAAGGGAAGAAUGAAGGUCUCCUAUCGAGGACAUUUUCUGCAUAACAUUUACCCCUGUGCCUUUAUUGAUUCUCCUGAGUUUAGAUCAACCCAGAUGCACAAAGGUGAAAAAUUCCAGGUCACCAUUGUCGCAGAUGAUAACUGCAGAUAUUUAUGCUGGUCAAGAGAAAGAUUAACUUACUUUCUGGAAUCAGAGCCUUUCCUGUAUGAAAUAUUUAGGUAUCUUAUAGGAAAAGACAUUACAAAUAAACUCUACUCAUUGAAUGAUCCCACUUUGAAUGAAAAGAAGGCGAAGAAGUUGGAGCACCAGCUCAGCCUGUGCGCACAGAUCUCCAUGCUGGAGAUGAGGAACAGUAUGGCCAGCUCCAGCGAUGGUGAAGAUGGCCUGCAGCAGUUUCUGCGGGGUUCCUCCAGCGUGUCCUCUCUCCCCUUGUCCUCCCCACAUCAGCGAGCCUCUGCCAAGAUGAAGCCCAUUGAGGAAGGGGUGGAAGAUGAUGAUGAGGUCUUUGAACCAGUUUCUCUAAAUACACUUCAAGUCCAGCAGUUGCCUUGAUCAGAACUGAAGCUACCAAGCUGGAAGUUAUCCUGAGGAGGUUCUGAAAAAUACCAGCCCUGUUUCAUGACUUGGCUAUUCUACUUCAGUGCAUCUAGGCCAGCAGAAUUCAGGGCAGGAAAGGAAGAAGGUCAAAGGUAGAUGGUUAUUUCACCCAUCCUUUUCUUUGUCCAGUUUUAUAAGUUUAAUAGAGCCUUCUGACUAAAACUCAUUCUAUUUUGAGAUAUAUAUCCUCGCAGUAUUUUUCUAGUGACAGUAUAUUAUUGUUUUAACUUAAUCUUAGGGCUCUAUCAAUGCAUAUGCCCCCCCCCCCCCGGUCUGUCUUUUUUCCCCUCAAUUUGUGGCUCAUUUGCCUCACAGAGAAUUGUUUUUUCCUCUCACCUGGCAAUUUAAAAUGAGUUAUACACUUGGUCAUUUUAACAAACAGUGUAAGGUGAAACUGUGAGGUCCCCUUACUUACACGAGCAAUGUGGGGAUAACAACCAUCUUCUCAAUGCACUCACAUUACCACAUAGCAUGCCAUUUAUCAGUGAAUCUGAAACCUGAAGCAGGAAUGAUAACAAAUAGGAAUGUUUCUCAGUUUAGUGCCAACUCUUUUCCUUUCUUUUUUCUUUUUUGGCUAAACUCAACUUCUUUGUGAUUUGGAGCCAUCUUGCCCCACAUGCUCAGUCAUUGGAAGCUGUGCUACAGGAAGAGCUAGCUAAAUACCAACAUCAUCCUUUGGUCUGUUUCUGAAUUCUCACAUGGUUCCUUCACAGGCAGAUAUCUCUGACAAGCCAAGAAUAAUGGUGCAAGUUUGUAAGCCCAGCACUUGAGGGGUAGAGGAAGGGAAAUCUUGAGUUCAAGGCAAGCCUCAGAUAUAUAGUGAAACCCUGUCUCAUAAUAAUAGUAAUAAUAAUAAUGAUUACAACGGUGUGCCCCAUACUAAAUGGCAGAGCUGCAGAUGUGGACACAGACAUCAAGAAGAGUUCACUACAGGCCAGGUUGUGGUGGGCCUCCAUGGCAGAUCUCGCAUUUGUACUCAAGUCCUGUGUUAGGGCCCAGUGGUGUUUGGCUGGUGAGAAGUGAGAGAGCAGCUUGGCUUCCAUCAGGCUGGUUGGUGUCUGUGGCACUUUAAUGAGGAGGCAUUGAUUGGCUAGGCUCUCCCCCCACCCCCCAAUCAUGUUUAUUUUGUUUUAUCCCCUGGAGCUAGCUGUAACAAGUCCCCUAUCAUGUGCAAUAGCUAAGGAAGUUCCCAGUGAGGGCAUGUUCUGGGGAAGCAUCUCUCCUGAUGGGGUGACUUCUCUGCUAGAGUAAAGAGGCACAAGCUGGUCUAGGCCCACCUACCCCUUUCCUGAAGUCAGUUGCUUCUCUUUUCCCUUGAGUUCAGUUUGUACCCAAGGACUCCUUGAGGACGUUAAGAAUCUAGCUUCCUCCAACCCUGUCAAAUAUUGGCUCCUUUUCAGAGCAGAAAGGCCAGUGAUUCCUCUUUACUGAUGUAACAGGCUUUUGUGUUUGCUAAGUGAGUUUAUUUCAGAGAAAAGAAGCAAUGUGAAUGAGCCUUCAAGCCUUGGCUUGAAGAUUGUCAUGGUCUACGAGGUGAAACUAGACCUCUCUGAACUGGAAGCCAUGCCAGGGAUGAUGUGAUAAUGUCCGCAGAGCUUUUGUGUGUGUGUGUGGGGGGCGGGGGGAGAGGAGUCCUUGGAGUAAGGUUGAGAGCUGUUAGUUUACACAGCUAAAAGUAGGUGAUCUAAAAUUAUUUUCUGCUGUUAGUGAAAUGUGGGGUUUUACUGAAAUAUAUGUGUAUGGGUGUCACUGAUAAUGGAGAUCAGAAUCUCAAGAUUAGGAAUCUUUCAAAAGCCAUUUCCCUGAAUGGGAAACAUGAACUGAUGUUUAAAAGCAUGCCACCAGGGAACACAAUGAGCCUCAGCAAAAAGGAGCCACAGCCACUAAAGAGCCCUCCCACCCACGUAGACUGAGAAGUAGCAGAUAAGAAAACAGAAAAGGGCUUUAAGUGUGAGAGCUCCUGGAGGACUUUAAAUUCAUUGAAACAGAUGAACAAGUAUAUCAGUAUAUCUUUGUCCAGUGCAAAAAAAAAAAAAAAAAAAAAAAAAACCAACCAACAGAAACCCACAGAAAUAAAAACAUGUUUGCUGCCCAUGUCUGCAGAAGAUACUUCUGGUGUUUUCUUGGCAAUCACUCAUUCACUGUCAUCAAUGUUUAGAAAAUGAUCUGUAAAAACUGUUCUCUACAUAGUCCCAACUCUAAUUUUAGAUGCAAUGUCAAGUCACUUGUUUGAAUGUGGAAUGGAGUAUUCAUGCCAGAAUGUAUGUGUUAUUUCAAAUAUUUUGCAAAGCUGUAUUUAUAAAGCUGAUAGCACAGGUAAAAAUCCCCAGUGAUGCUUAUCUUAAAUUGGGUGCUCUAUCAUUUUUUAGUUGCCAUCUUUGGCUUUUCUUUUCUCCGUAUCACUAAGUGAUAGGGGAGCAUUGGACCUGUUGGGGGCUCUGCUGCUCAUUGUGUGUUCAGACGCCAUCUUGCAACCUGCCUCCCUCUCCAUGUGUCUGUAGCUUUGCUAGCUCCAAGACCUGGAGUUACCAGUGUUUGUUCUUAGGUCUCACGUGGUCCUUGAUUCAAUUAGAUGGUGGCAAAAUCUUUGGAGGAAAGCUGGUGGAACCUAUACACUGCCCUUUCCCCAGUGUACCUGGGUCAUAAAGACUGAGCCCAUGGCAGGCAGGUUAGUCCCUACCUUUGGGCUCCCUGUCCUUCUAUAGACCCCAGGGUGCAGCUUCCAAGGAUUCACAUAAUUUAAAAUAAAUCCAUUUCAUUGGUCAUUUCCAAAGCUGCUUCGACCUUUGUUUGACCCUGUUAGGCUUUAGUUUUUUUUUCUCCUUUCCCCCUUUCCAACACUGGUUUACCAACCUCCUUUCCCACCGUUGUGAAGCAGAGGGAGCAGAAUUCCCACCUGUCCCCAGAGUUUGCUAGGACGCUGUGUGGGAACUCCAAGCUGGGCCAUGGCACUGCUAGGGAUCUGCGCUUCCUAGGCCACACUCUCACUGGAGCUGCCAUGUUUUGUCCAUCACAGACCCACCAACACUGUGUAUAUGACAUAAUCUCAGUGUCAUAAAUUUAAGAAGCCUGCUUUGAAGUACCAUGUUUAGGUUUUCUUUUCUGUUGUAUUUGCAACCUAGUCUUAAAGCUCAUGAGGAUUUCCUGAGUGUUUAAUACCUACACAUUUUAGGAAGCUAUUUUUAAGUGCCAUUUACAUCGAUAAGCUUUACUUUCUAAAAAAGAUAGAUUAUGUCUGGUUAUAGCCCUACAGCUUAAAGAACCUUCACAUAUUGCUGUUUGAUCAAAUAAAUUUCUUACUUA